GAUGGCGGCGCGCAUGUUAGCAAUGCGCCUUAGAUUGGCAGUCCAGAAUAUCGAGGCGAGAAUACAGGAAAUUUUCAAUUUCCCCCCACCAGUAGCUCCUGCCCUGGCUUUCCACCAACCCUCUAUAGAUGUUGGAUCAGAUAGCUCCAGUUUUGAUAUAAAAAGUAUAUUUGAUGGGUUCUUAUGGGCUGCACCGAAAUCCAGAAGAUCUCUGGAAAGAAGACGCACGAGGAGAAGAGCUACUGAGAAGCGAUUGAAGUCAAAACCAGAUAUUGUUGCCUGUGAAGUUUGUGGACAACCCAAACUACUAUAUCACUUGUGCGGAAACUGUUUGGAAAAGGUGAAAGCUGAAACCGAAGCUGUUCGUGAAAAAUUGGGCAAAGAGUGGAGUUGGAACACCCCACAAACGGAAACUAUCGUACUCUAUGAAGGAGAAAAAGUGAGUGAGCAAGAUAAAGACAAACACAUUGUGGAAGUACCAAGGAAAAGACCAUCGUGGUUUACAAAAGAUCUGUACACAGAACAUUGAAAUAGUUGUGAAUGUUGGGCUAUAAAUCAAAAUCAUGUUAAAAAAAUUAUGUUGUCACUGCUCCAUGCAAUGAACACUGUAGUAGAAUAGUGGACUGCCCUAAACAUAUCUUUACAACAAAUUUUACCUAAGGAAUGAAAUAUAUGAUAGAUGAUGGCCAAAAUUAGCUUCUUUGCAUGGCUAAUCUUAUUGACCUUUAGCUUUGUUGUUGACUUUCUCAAACAGAGCUUGUCAUAUCAUAUGAUGUCAGUGUCACUUUUUACUAUUUCGACUUCUUGAGAACUACAAUUCUUAUUGCUUUGAUUCUUGGUGUAUAUGUACCUUGGGCAGACCUCUCUCAGAUUUGUUCAUUUCGUGAUGAUUUCUCUAAUUUUUGGUAAAGAGAUAUUUUCGAGUCCUUGUUGAAAAUCGCAAGUCUGAUUGCUUUGAUAUUAUACACAUAGGUACUACAGGUAGACAUCUCUCAGAUUUGUUUAUUUCGUAAUAUCUUCAAAUCUUUAAUUUUGAUAAAUAUACCGGUAAACUGCAUUUGUCAUUUUUGGUUACAGCGGCGCUAACUCAGCCAAGGGGCUGCUUUUUUUUCUGAAACUCGGGAAAGAACCAUUUUCAUGCACCCUCAGAAGCAGAGGCUGGAAUAACCAGAUUAGCCAAUCAGAAACAAGGAAAUUAUCAUCUAUCCACUUUAUUUUUCCCCCAUUUACAGUCCUGGGCCAACUUAUCAUUUAUCUGCCAUGGGACUCAGACUCUCGUUCAAUUGUGUGUGCACCUUAUUGCACUAGUUCGUAAUUUAGUCAUUUUUAUCUCAUUUAUGAAGAGAUAAGAGUGAGCAAGUCUUCAAGCAGAUAUGAAUAGUUUUUAUGUACAAGAAUUACCAUACUGAAGAUGUUCAAUAGUUAUUUCAGACUGUAUCUUGUUUAAAUCUUUCCGAGAAUGUAGUUUGUACAAGCUCUUUAACCAUACCAAUUUAAAGCACAAGACAAAGGCCGAGAUCAGUAAAUAUCACAAAAAACAGAUUUCCUUGCAUUUCACAUGUACCAACCAUUCUUCCAGUGCAACAAUAUUAAGAUCAUGAAAACGUUUAAUAAAUUUUGUUCAACAUGCAUACUGUACCAGUACGUCUUUAACAUACAAUAGUCACUCUGAUCUAAAACUUACACACACAUAGAAUUUAACAGUUAUAAAAUAUAUUACAAGAUUAUGUUCUAAAAAAGCAAGGUUUUUAUAAAUACUUUGCACUUAAAAAACCAAUAGACGCAUUCCCUUCCAACAAACCUAAUCUAUGAACAAGAAUACUAGUACUGUAACUAAACAAAAAAUAACUAAAUGAAUGUACAUGCAUUACUGCACAAAACUAAAUGAAAGGUUUGCAUCAACUUCCAACUCUGCUUCCCAGGCCACUACUUGUAAAUGCAGGAAUUGCAUCAACCUUCAACUCUGUUUCCAAGGCCGCUAAAUGCAGGAAUUGCAUCAACUUUGCUUUGUUAAUCCUUCACUUUCUUCUCAAAUGUUGACAUCAACAAUUCCAGCUGGAAGUUGGACAUAAUCAGACGAAAGCACAAAUUACAUAAUGGUACGCGUAGCUGGGACUCAGUAGUGAAAUUAUUCAGCAAUGUAGAAAUAGUGGCUCCAACAUUCCAUCUGAAUAUUUCCACCCAGCUAGUUACUUAUUGUUAAUCAAAUUGCAAAUCAAAGAACCCAUAUCAGGGAUACCCACUUGACAUGACUACAUUAUUAUUGCAGCGUGCUAGUGAGUACAUUUGUGGGUUAGUAAUAAAUGCCACUUUCAGAAAA